UCUUCCACUGAGGACACAGCCAGCAGCUCCUGCCAUGGACAGGUGGUACCUGGGUGGCAGCCCCAAGGAGGACGUGGACCCAUUCUCCUAUGACUAUGAGACGGUCCGCAACGGGGGCCUGAUCUUCGCUGCCCUGGCCUUCAUCGUGGGCCUUAUCAUCAUCCUCAGCAGACGAUUCCGCUGCGGGGGCAGGAAGAAGCACCGGCAAGUUCACGAAGAUGAGCUGUAGAGAGAGCCAGCCGUGUCCACCAUUGCACCGGGGCCGCUUGGGAAGCCCUCCCUGAGCUAUAGGUCUUUGUCCCCGGGACUGCCAGGCCCUCAGUCUGAAGGAAGCCCCGGGUUCCGCGUGACCCCUGGGUGGGCAUCGCCUCCUCCCACCCCGUGCUAAUAAUAAAGCCGGCCUCAGAGACGGCUCCUUCCCUGGC